GACUAAUUUGCUUAGGUUUAGAAGAGUAUAAAAACGAAGGGAAUGGAGAAGGAUUUUGAUUGAGAGAAAUCGCGAUGGAGAUAUUGGUGAGAAUGUCAAGCAUUGUGGUGUGCUUGUUAGUUUCUAGUGCUGUGUUGUUUCUUUUGAGCUUAAGUUCCGUUCAAGGGCUACGUUAUGGACCCCCGAGAAGAUUCUUUAAUGGUACUGAUCAAUCUUCCGAUUUGGGAUCCGGAAAAGCGUUUAAAAAUGGUAUGGUGAGUGCACAUAUCAAAGAGAGAAGAGUCCAAGAAAGUGAUGGAGCAGGAGGAGGCUGCGAAAGCUGUAGAGGGAAAGAAAGAGACUGCGGUGGUUGCAACGGAAGAGAUGGGAGUCCAGGAAAUGGGGGAAGAGGAGGUCGUGGAGGCAAAGGUGGAGGACGAGGCGGCGGCAAAGGAAAUGGAAAAUGUGAAAGAGAUGGCAGUGGUGGAAAUGAAGAAUGCAAUGACCACAAAAGGGAGAAAAGAGAUGAUAGAAAUGACGACAAUGUUGGCGUUGGUACUGGUAUUGGCAUUGGCAUUGGCGUAGGAGGUGGCCCUAGCAAUGGACCCUCAGUAGGUGGAAGUGGAGGUGGUGGCGGUGGUGGUGGUGGUGGAAAUGGAGGU